UCCUGCCGCAUGUAAACACUGAUGGCGGCCGUCAGCUGACCAACGGGAGCACGGGUGGCCGCUCUGACAUAAAAAAGCUUAAAUGGAAAAUUACAGAAGCACCUUACCUCCCAUGACUAAUUAUGUCGUCUGAGAGUGACCCAGAGGAGUUUUACGAUGCGUCUGACGUCACCCCGCAGCGGCAGUCCGUCAGAUUGGAGGAGGGAGUGGCUGCAGAACUACUUAACUUAAACAGCCAACAAACAACGCAAGAACAAACUACAGCUUUAGCAAACCUAGCUAUAAGUCAAAAUUUUCUUCAGAAUGCAGACAAGACCAUUCCUCAGCAGAUUCCGGCAUCGACCUUGAUGCAGCCACCUGCCCAGCCCUUUCUCCAUCCUCUCAAAGUAUUUAAUCCUUCAAAAGACUUGGUGUGCUCUGACCAGGCCAAGAGUGAAGUCCUGCCUGCUGGUGUGGAGAAGGAAGAAAGCCUCAGCUUAGGGAGCACAGGUGGAGGGAAGCGUGAUGUGGAAGAGUCCAGCAGUGCAUGUAGUGGCUCAUUGUUAGGAAACUUGGGUGAUGAUGAUGAUGAUGAUGAAGCUGCUCCUAGAGUAUGGGCAGGAGGAAGACGUCGCAUCAGGCACCCAGAAGUUCGUAGGCAAAUCCAGACUGAAGAUGAUGAUCACGCCAACCUCCCUUCACCACUCGGUAGCCAGUCAUCCUCAGCUGAUGGAAUAUAUCCUGCAGGAAGAACCUCCCAUCCCUUCAGAGUGGUUGAGCAUGAUGCUGCCAGUGUUCAGAGUUCUAUAUCACUUGGAAAGUUUCCUUUUGCGGCGUGCCAUGAUGCCGGCAUGAAGUCGGGAAGGAAAAUGGGGUGCAUAGGAGUUGACAAGGUUGGUAAGAUACUGAGUGGACUUGAAGGCCAUAUCAUACAAGAAUGUCAGCAGAAUCCUGAACUUCAGUCUGAAACAAAGUCUGUGGAAUCCUCUCAUUCUGAUCCCUCCAAAGAUAUUAGACCAUCUGGGAAUGUGAUAUUAGCUAGUGAAAUAGCAGGAAUAACUAUGUCUCCUGAACCUGAUCUUGUGGCCAGCACAAAAAGUAGCUCAAGCAGUGACAAAUCCAACAGCCUCCCUCGUACUGGACAGGAACCCCUCCCCCAAGACCUACCAACAAUAGAUAUUUCUUCUCAGCCACAAAUAUCAGUGUCUGAUGCCUUCCAUGUACAGCAUCUACCCCACUCAGAACCUUCCAGGAAAGAUGGUGCCCUUGAGUCCUUGCCUGAGGUGUCUACCACUGCACCUGCUCCCUCUGUCUUGGGUGAUAUUACAGGUCAGCCUGGUAUUGGUAUUGGAUAUAGCAGCAGCUGUGAUACAGAAGGCACCAGUGUGAGAGCAGCAUCCUUCAAGGUUUAUGGUCCGUCUCAAUUGGUUCAGAUCCCCCACCAGUACCCAGUGAGUCAAGUCUCAAGCGUCCCUGUGGCUCCACCAAGAAAAAAGCGAAGAAAUAGACACAACACUGAUGAUACUGCAAGUGUGUCAUCACUCCCCUCCCCCUCACUUACCCUCUCGUCAGUGGACACCAUCAGUAUUGGUCAUUCACUAGAUUUACGUCAAGCCGUCCGUGGAGAAUACCUUGUUAAGCCCCAGGACUCUGAGAAUGCAAAAGCUGUGGGUCCAACUGCUGAGGAAAUAGCUAGACUAGAAGCUGAAGACACUACCAGCCAGGCGUCAACACCAGAAGUUUCUAGAGCUCCAAGCCGCCUUGCUGAUUCCAUUCAACAGGCAGCCUCCACUAGUGAGACCCCCAGUACACCCGGCACCCCAGGCUCCAUCCCCUCAGACACAGCAUCAUCAGAUGUUGCAGCCAGUCCUGCCUCUUGUAGUGAUGGUCCAAUGAAACAGCUCAAUUUGAUGGUUCGUACUCGAUCAGACUCUGGAAAAGAGCUGUCUGAUGCUGAAUGGAUUUUGCAGUCUCCUGUUGACUUUGAUGACAUCAUGAGUGACAAAGAAAUAUUGCAACAAGUAACGGUACUCAAUCUUGAUACUGGAGAAAGAAUUGCACUCAGUGAUGCUGAAAGCUGCUUACCAAAAGCCCUCAACCCCCUUUCCCUUCAUAUCAUGAGGCUCACAAGUGAAUAUGUCAGCUGGUAUGGUAAUGGUGUGCUACACUUGUGUGAACUUGGAUGGACAGCAGCUGAUACAGAGCAUAGAGGACGUGCCCCAUCAGGAAGGCCAUUGUCAGCUGUAGACAGCUGCCUCCAAGCCCUAAGUCGCAGCAGCUCUUGUAAUUCAAAUGUUGAUGGGCCAGAGUCAGAUGAAGAAAGUGUUCUUGAAGUCAAUGUCAAGAAACUUCCUGAUGUGGACAGCUCAGCUGUUAAGAAAAAAACAUCCCAACUGAAGAAGUUUUUGGGUCGAAAAAUGGAGUCAGCUGUGAACAAGGCACGUUCUCUCGCUCAUGAAGUUUCUCACAGACACCGGGAAGAAAAAGAUGUAUUUGAGGAUGAUGCACCAGCCCACGACACCAUGCAUUAUGUCAAGAUCAAGACGACUCAUAACCACAAAGGACCCCAUGAAUUUGAUAACCUUAUGUAUGUCCAGGAAAUUGCAGGAGAGCAUACUGGUCCCAUAUGGUGCACAAAAUUCAGUGGAUGUGGCCGUCUGUUGGCAACAGCAGGGCAGGACCACAUGCUUAGGGUCUGGGUGCUCAAGCAGGCUUUCAACUACUUCUUAGACAUUCGCACAAAAUGUAAUGCUGACAUUAAGGUAUCACCAACUCCCUCCCAAGAAUCACUAGUGUCUCAGCAUUCUGGGCAGUCCGGAGAAGACCCAGGCUCCCUCGACCCCACAGAUGAUGGAAGUGCACCGUUCAUGCCUAAGCCUUUUUGUGUUUAUACUGGGCAUUCCGCAGACAUGCUGGAUAUCUCCUGGUCUAAGAAUUACUUUUUACUAACUUCAUCAAUGGACAAGACAGUGAGGCUAUGGCACAUCAGCAGAAAGGAGUGUUUGUGUAUAUUCCAACACAUGGAUUUUGUCACAGCGAUUGCAUUUCAUCCUAAGGAUGAUCGCUACUUUAUAUCUGGUGCACUAGAUGGAAAGUUAAGACUUUGGAGUAUACCAGACAAAAGAGUGGUGCUGUGGAAUGAAGUGGAGGGGCAGCCAAACCUCAUCACAGCUGCAAACUUCUGUCAGAAUGGAAAAUACACAGUUGUUGGAACAUAUGAUGGUCGAUGUAUAUUCUAUGAGACGGAUCAACUCAAAUAUUACACACAGAUUUAUGUAAGAUCUACCAGAGGCAAAAAUGCCAGAGGACAAAAGAUAACUGGAAUAGAACCUCUGCCUGGAGAGGAUAAGAUUCUGAUUACAAGUAAUGACAGCAGAAUACGUUUAUAUGAUCUGAGGGACCUCAACUUGUCCUGCAAGUAUAAAGGGUACUCCAAUAUGUCUAGUCAAAUUAGAGCUGGUUUCAGCCAUGAUGGAAAAUUCAUUGUUGCUGGAAGUGAGAAUCAAUGUAUAUACAUCUGGAAGACUCAUCAUGACUAUUCAAAGUUCUCAUCAGCCAGAAGAGACAGAAAUGAAUUUUGGGAAGGAGUAAAAGCUCAUAGUGCAGUUGUAACCUGUGCUGUGUUUGCUCCCCAUCCUGAGCUGGUGUUCAGCUUUAUUGAACAACAGCAGGAGAUUCUCAACAAGGCCACACAGCACCAAGAGGAACAGCAACAGCACCAGCAGCAGCAGCAGCAGCAAUCUCAAAAUAAAGAUAGUGGCACCAAUAAUAAAGGAUAUGUUCUGGUCUCUGCAGACUUUAAUGGCUGCAUAAAGGUGUUUUUGAAAAAGGAGAAGCCCAAGCAUUCUUCACUGCCUGCUUCAGCUUUGGUAUAGGUAUAUUCACAGAUUUGAAAGUGAUGAUCAUAUAUUACCAAUAAAGAGACAUAUUUGUUC